AUGACAGAUAUCCACCAAGACGCUACGUUGUGCACACUGUCCGAGUCUUCUCAGUUGGCCGUGGAUGCAAUACCUGACCUGGCCCCGCGCAAAGGCUCGUACUCACUGGAAGAGAUGCAAUGCUCCGGAUUAGCUGCCCAGAUAGAGCAGGUGAGGGCGUCUUUGUAUUCAACUGAUCGCCUAUAUUUGCCAACUGAGAAGCAUGGUCGGGUCGAAUCCGAUUGA